AAUUUGCCCAGACAUCAUGAGCAUCUUAGUCAGCAUCCCAAUAUUCAAACUGGGAAGCAGCCUUUUGAAUACAGUGGAAAAGGGAAAUCCUCCAACAGAGAGUCUAUAAUAUUUACACAUAAAAAGAUUCAUAUGGAUGAGACCACCAAUAAGUAUAACAAAUAUGAGAAAGUGUGUGGUAACUCAGCUGUCAUUGCCCAAGUAAGAAAUCAGGUAGAAAGGAAAACUUUUCAAUGUGGUAUAUGUGGGAAAAUGUUAUAUAAAAAAUCUGAACUCACUAAACAUCAGAUUAUGCACUCAGGAGAGAAGCACUAUAAAUAUACUGAAUGUGAGCAAUCUUUUAUUAAGAAAUUACACCUUAUCUCUCAUCAGAAAACACCUAUGCAGGAGAAACUUAAUGGUUGUAGUGAAGAUGAGAAAAUUUUUUGUCAGAGGUCAGACCUUACAAUGCAUCAGAGUAUUUACACAGGAGAAAUCUACUAUGGAAGUAUUAACUGUGGAAAAAGCUUCCAUGAGAAUUCACUUCUCAGCCAUCCUGAGAGAUAUCACAUACUGUAUGGACAAAACAAAUGUAGAAAAUUUUUUGACCAUGAGUCUGCCAUCACUGUAUAUCAAAGAAUUCACAUAAGUGAGAAAGCAUGUAAAGAAUAUAAAAAAACUUUGUACAGUAAUAAAUGUGGUAAAACCUUUCAUCAAAAGUCACACCACAACAGCCAUAAGAGAAUUCACACUGGUGAGAAACCAUGUGAAUGUAAAGAAUGUAGGAAAGCUUUCCUCUAUAAGUCUGUCCAUAUUUUACAUCAGAGAUCUCAAACAGGUGAGAAUCUACAUGAAUGUAAAGAAUUUGGAAGAGAUUUUAACCAAAAGUCUCAUCUCAGCAGCCAUCAGAGAAUUCACACAGGUGAGAAACCAUAUGAAUGUAAAGACUGUGGAAAAACUUUUCACUGGAAGUCACUCCUCAGCAGCCAUCAGAUAACUCACAGAGGUGAGAAACCAUAUGAAUGUAAAGAAUAAUGUGGAAAAGCUUUUAGUGGAAAGUCAUAUUUCACCAUUCAUCAGAGAACUCACAUGGCUAAGAAACCAUAUGAAUGUAAGGAAUGUGGAAAAGCUUUUAACUACAAGGUAAGCCUCAGCAUUCAUCAGAGAACUCACACAGGUGAGAAACCAUACGAAUGUAUAGAAUGUGGAAAAACAUUUAACCAAAAGUCAAACCUCUGCAUGCAUCAGAAAAUUCACACAGGUGAGAAACCAUAUGAAUGUAAAGAAUGUGGAAAAACUUUUACCCGAAAGUCACACCUCUGCAGGCAUCAGAAAAUUCACACAGGUGAGAAACCAUAUGAAUGUAAAGAAUGUGGAAAAGCUUUUAACCGAAAGUCAAAGCUCAGCAUUCAUCAGAGAAGUCACACAGGUGAGAAACCAUAUGAAUGUAAAGAAUGUGGAAAAGCUUUUAGCCAGAAGUCACAGCUCAGCAUUCAUCAGAGAAGUCACACAGGUGAGAGACCAUAUGAAUGCAAAGACUGUGGAAAAGCCUUUAGCCGGAAGUCACAUCUCAGCAUUCAUCAGAGAAUUCACACAGGUGAGAGACCAUAUGAAUGCAAAGACUGUGGAAAAGCUUUUAGCCGGAAGUCACAGCUCAGCAUUCAUCAGAGAAGUCACACAGGUGAGAGACCAUAUGAAUGUAAAGACUGUGGAAAAGCUUUUAGCCAGAAGUCACAGCUCAGCGUUCAUCAGAGAAGUCACACAGGUGAGAAACCAUAUGAAUGUAAAGACUGUGGAAAAGCUUUUAGCCAGAAGUCACAGCUCAGCAUUCAUCAGAGAAGUCACACAGGUGAGAAAUCAUAUGAAUGCAAAGACUGUGGGAAAGCUUUUACCUACAAGUCAGAGAUCAGGAAGCAUGAGAGAAUUCACACAGGUGAGAAACCUUAUGAAUGUAAAGACUGUGGAAAAGCAUUUAGGGAAAAGUCAAGCCUCAUCAUUCACCAGAGAAUUCACACUGGUGAGAAACCAUAUGAAUGUAGAGAAUGUGGAAAAACUUUUAAACAAAAGUCACACCUGAGUAGGCAUCAGAGAAGUCACACAGGUGAGAAACCACAUGAAUGUAAAGACUGUGGAAAAGCCUUUAGGGAAAAGUCAAGCCUCAGCAUUCAUCAGAGAAAUCACACAGGUGAGAAACCAUAUGAAUGUAAAGACUGCGGGAAAGCUUUUACCUAUAAAUCAGACAUCAGGAAGCAUGAGAGAAUUCACACAGGUGAGAAACCAUAUGAAUGUAGAGAAUGUGGAAAAACUUUUAACCAAAAGUCAAGCCUCAGCAUUCAUCAGAGAAACCACACAGGUGAGAAACCAUAUGAAUGUACAGAAUGUGGAAAAGCUUUUAAACAAAAGUCAUGCCUCAGAAUUCAUCAGAGAAAUCACACAGGUGAGAAACCAUAUGAAUGUACUGAAUGUGGAAAAACUUUUAUACAAAAGUCACACCUUAGCAGGCAUCAGAGAAGUCAAACAGGUGAGAAACCUUGUGUAUGUAGAGAAUGUGGAAAAACUUUUAACCAACAGUCAAGCCUCAGCAAUCAUCAGAGAAUUCACACUGGUGAGAAACGAUAUGAAUGUAGAGAAUGUGGAAAAACUUUUAAUCGAAAGUCACACCUUAGCAGGCAUCAGAGUAUUCACACUGGUGAGAAACCAUAUGAACAUUAAGAAUAUGGAAAAGAUUGUAGUGAAAAGUUAUACUUCAGCAUUCAUCAGAUAAGUCACAGAGGUGGGAAAUGAUCUGAAUGUAAAGACUGGGAAAGCUUUUGCCCACAAAUCAGACACCAGGAAGCAUGAGAGAAUUCACACUUGUGAGAAGUGAUAAGAAUGUAGAGAAUGUGGAAAAACUUUUAAUCAAAAGUCACACCUUAGCAGGCACCAGAGAAUUCACACAGGUGAGAAACCAUAAGAACAUGAAGAAUGUGGAAAAGCUUUUAGCGAAACGUCAUACUU